AUACACACAGGAGAGAAGCCUUACUCCUGCUCCAACUGUGGAAAAUGUUUCAAAACAACAACUCAGCUAAAACUUCAUCAGAGAACACACACAGGAGAGAAGCCUUAUUACUGCUCUGACUGUGGAAAACGUUAUAAAACAUCAACUCAGCUAAAAGUUCAGCAGAGAACACACACAGGAGAGAAGCCUUUCUUCUGCUCUAACUGUGGGGCGAGUUUCUCUCAUCUGGGCACCUUAAAAUCACACCAACGUAUACACACAGGAGAGAAGCGUUACGUCUGCUCUGACUGUGGAACUAGUUUCUCUCAAUUUUCCCACUUAAAAACACAUAAACGUGUACAUAUAGGAGAGAAGCCUUACCUCUGCUCUGAUUGUAGAAAAUGCUUCACAACAUCAACUGAUCUAAAAGUUCAUCAGAGAACACACACUGGAGCGAAGCCUUAUUCUUGCUCUGGCUGUGGAAAAUGUUUUAAAACCUCAAAUGAACUAAAAGUUCACCAGAGAACACACACAGGAGAGAAGACUUACGUCUGCUCCGACUGUGGGAAGAGUUUCUCCCAAUUGUAUACCUUAAAAACACAUGAACGUAUACAUUCAGGGGAGAAGCCUUACUCCUGCUCUGGCUGUGUAAAAUAUUUCAAAACGUCAACUGAGCUAAAAGUUCAUCAGAGAACACACACAGGAGAGAAGCCAUAUUACUGCUCUGACUGUGGAAAAUAUUUCAAAACAUUAAAUGAGCUAAAUGUUCACCAGAGAACACACACAGGAGAGAAGCCCUUCUUCUGCCCUGACUGUGGAACUAAUUUCUCUCAACUUUAGAGGUGGCUUAUGGUAGAGAUAGAAAUAUUGAGUUCUCUGGCAACGUCUAUGGUGGACAUUCCUGCAGUCAUCAUGAGAAUUGCACGUUCCCUAAACUUGAGACAUCUGUGACAUUGUGUUGUGGGGCCUUUUAUUGUCCCCAGCACAAGGUAAACCUGUGUAAUGAUAAUGCUGUUUUAUCAGCGUCUUGAUAUGCCACACCUGUCAGGUGGAUGGAACAUUACUGGAUUUUUUUUAUUUCAGCUCAUGAAACCAACACUUUACAUGUUUAGUUUAUAUUUUAGUUCAGUUUAUAUUGGUAGUCCUAUGUAAUCAAACAUACUAAAUGGAGUGGCACGGAUGUUUAUUUUGUAUAAUAUAAUACAUUUUGCUCUGAGACCAGGUUGUCCCUCUGCAGUAUUCUGUGGGAAGGAGCUAGUUCACACUUUUUUUAUUGAACCUCUAUUUAACUAGGCAAGUCAGUUAAGAACAAAUUCUUAUUUACAAUGAUGGCCUAGGAACAGUGGGUUACCUACCUUGUUCAGAGUCAGAACAACAGAUUUUUACCUUGUCAGCUCGGGGAUUCGAUCUAGUAACCUUUUGGUUAGCAGCUCAAUGCUCUAACCACUAGGCUACCUUCCGCCCCUAACAUGUAUCAGAUAGAGAUGGUAUGAUGAUCACUUUUCACCACAAGUUUGGGGGCGGGGGAUUGUUUUACAACUUUAUUUAAUGUUACACAGUUUAUGAAAUGAAUACAUGUGCUUAUUAGUUACUUUAGUUACUGAUCGUGAAUGUGUUUGGAUAACUGCAUUGAAGCAAACGUUAUUGAUCUGCCAAUGAAAAAUAAAGUUACAUGAAUAUGUA